AUGCGACCAAAAAAAAACAAUCCUUAUGGCAUUUACAAAAGUGAAAAUCGUUCUAAAAUGUUGAGAGCAGCAAGAAACACUCGUUAUCGAGAUAAUUAUCUGUCUUCGCGAAUCGACCCAUUGUUUAUUAAGAAGAAGGAGCUCCAGCAAGAAUUAUUAACACAAACGAAAUUCGAACAAUUAAGCUCAAUUCAAAAUUCACACACGCAUACAAAUGAACUAGAACAACAUCAUGAGAAUGCUUUAGCCGAACCAUUAUCAACAACUCAAAGGCAAUUCAAUCACGAAUUGAGACAAGCAGAUGUCAAUGGAUUAGAUGAAGAAUUAUCCAUAAAUACUUGUGAGCUUGUUAAUAUAAUAGAUGAUGACGAUGAAUUAGAAAUGGAUGAAGAUGUUUAUGAUAAGUUACAUUCAGAUGAAGACGUGAAUGAAAUCGAAAUCUAUUCUUAUGAUGAAAUGAAUGUUAGCUUUUUGGAAGGUAAAGAUGAUUUUGGGAAUGAAACAGAUUUAGACGUUAAAUACGAAGAAAAAACAUUAUCCCUUCGUGAUAUUUCUGUUAUUUUAUGUUUGAUAAAACGUCGACAUAAAUGUACAAAUCAACUGAUUGUCGAUAUUCUUAAGUUAUUAAAUAAAGUUGUUCCGAAUAGUUCCAUUAUUCCGAAAUCUAUUUACGAGAUUCGAAAAUUACUAAAUUUAAAUGUAGAUCAAACGAAAAAAGAUGAAAGAUCAUCCCAAACAAUUUAUAUAUGUCAAUUAUGUGAAACAGUUCAAAUAUCAAACAAUAAAUGUUCAAAUACAUCAUGUAACAUUGGAGAGAAUUACUUGCGAUCACCUUAUAUCUAUACAUGGUUCAACGUUCGAGAGCAACUGGAGCAGAUAAUUGAAAGAGAGAAAAAUAUCAUGUGUACAUCAGGUACUGAUACAAUUAUGUCAUCAAGAAUGUUAAAAAAUAUUGACGACGGUCGUUUAUACAAACAUACGAUACAUAAUGAAAAGUUAGACAACAAUACAAAAUUAUUUACUUUAUCUUUAUCUACCGAUGGUGUUCAACUUGCAUCAAAUUCAUCUAAGUCAUUGUGGUUAAUUACUAUGACAGUAAAUGAAAUCGAUGUUAAACAUAGAUUUUUAUUGAAUAAUGUUAUAAUUGGCGGUAUUAAUUCUUGUUCCAGGAAACCAACACGAAAUAUUAUGAGGUUGAUGAUGGAACCAAUUGUGCAACAGUUACAACUUUUAGAACAAGGUGGAGGAAUAACAGUACCUUCUAAUCCAAUUUCAGCAAGAAACACAAAGAAAGCUGGAGGUGACAUAAAGGGUAAUAAAAUAAAUUAUAUUAGGGUAUUUCCAACGUCUUUCAAAGACACUCCAGUUCGGCUACGUUCAAGUGAAAACUACAAACAAACUGUGCGUGAGCUUGAAUCAAAAUUAUUAAUUAGUCCCAAUUUAUCUACCCAGGAGCAAUAUAAAUUAAAAAAAGGUUAUCUAGGACCUUGUAGCUUAGAUCGCUUAUCUUAUUUUGAUAUGGGCCAAGGUUUUCUUUCUGAUACUCUACAUACUGUUUACGGUGGCGCAAUGAAACGUUUGUUGACUAUUUUCUUUGAACGAAGAUUUUGUACAAAUGAAAAACAAUGGACCAUUCAAUCAGAUAUUGACAAAAUUAAUAAACGUAUACAACAAUAUAUAACACCAUCAUCAACGAUCCGUCUUCCAAGACAUAUUAGUUUAUACAGUCGCUACAAAGCAAGCGAAUAUCGUGCCAUUCUAUUAAUUUACUAUAGGAUAUUCGAAAAUAUCUUACCCGAUAUUUACUAUUCUCAUUUUAAACAAUUGGUUUUCGCUAUGCAUAUUGGAGAAAAUCAACAAAUAACCAAAAGCAAAUUAGAGGAAAUGCAUAUACUUCUGCAACAUUAUGUUCACGAAUUUAAAACAUUAUAUGGUAUGAGGCAUAUUGUGAAUAAUAUCCAUUCAUUAAUUCACUUAGCUGAAACAGUACGUGAUUAUGGCCCGCUACAAGGAUAUUCUACAUUUAACUACGAAUCCAUAUUAGGUGGCAUCACAUCAACAGUUAAUGGAACGAAAAAUCAAGAAAAAGAAAUAUAUAACAAUCUUCAAAUGUUAAAAGAAUCGUGCUAUUUAGCAACUAUUAGUGAAAAUUCGUUGUUAUAUGACCUGAUGAUUCAAAAUUUAGGUAUUAAAUAUAAUAUAGAAAAGAAUAAAGAUAAUCGAUUCAGAUUAAACAAAAUUAUCACUGAAGUAGAACAAGAACAAAAAUAUUCAGAUUUCGAUAGAUCGAAAAUGAAUUUUACCAAGUCAUUUAGUCGCUGUGUCUAUAAUAACGUUAAAUAUGAUUCUUAUAAUAUUAAUAAAAAGGAUUGUGCGAUACUUUAUCGUGAUAUUGACAAUAACAGAUUACAAUAUGCACUUAUCGACAAGUUUAUACAAAACGAAACCGAUGAAAAUCCAGUAUUUUUUCAAGUCUUUGAUCUUAUCAAUUGGCAUUAUGAUUUUAUCUAUGUUGGAACAAUGAAAUUCGAAUGUGAAAAUGUUUUAAUUGGUGAAUUAAAUAAUUGUUUAAAACAGAUUAGUCCUUCAACUAUAGUUGAAAAGGUUUUUUCAUGUAGCAAUUCUAAUGAAAUUACAUUUAUUCGAUUGCCAAAUCUAACUGAAAGUAGUUAA